CCCGGGCUCCAACCUUCCCAGCGCCCAAGUUCCGGGAGCUGCCGGGGGACUCUGGUCCUUUCCGCUUCUCACCUCCCUCCUCACCGAUCUUUCAGGAGGGAAGAAGAAGCUUUUGCUGGUCCAGAGAGUGUGGUUGCCCUGGCAACAAGGUGACAGGAGAGCAGCAUCCUCAGCAUCUGCAGUGAGACACCCAAAUUCACCUGGUGUGAUGCUUCUCCAUGACUUCUUUGCCCUCCAGCAGUUUCUCUUUUCCUGGGACUUUUCAUGGAUUUAGAGACUUCCAUUUUAAAACCUGCAUUUUAUUUUAUUUUUUAUUUUUUUUAUUAUUCUUUUUGCUGUAGAAUAACACCAUAGCUUCAGCCCAACCCUGUCUUGGCUCAGCCAGGAAGGGGACUCAGCCUGCAUGGACAGGGCAACCUUUGCCUGUUCCACUGCCUUUUUCCAUGACUACAGCAGCUCAUCUCAGGGUGCUCUCUGCCUCCCUGGAGGCCACGUUGACUUUAUUGAAAAAGUAGAAUCAUUCACUUAUUCUGACUUUUUCCGGGAUUAUUUGAUUCCCAACCAUCCCUGUAUUUUCUCAGCUAAGUUCACUGAAGAGUGGGGCAGCAGGAGGAACUGGGUGACUUGGGAUGGGAAGCCCAACUUUGAUUAUCUGCUGCAGAAGUUUGGAGAAGCUGUAGUACCUGUUGCCAACUGUGAUGUCAAGGAGUACAACUCCAACCCAAAGGAGCAGCUCCCCUUCAAGGAGUACAUAAAAUACUGGAAGGAAUACAUCAGGAAUGGCCACAGUUCAUCCAGGGGGUGCCUUUACCUGAAGGAUUGGCACCUGAGCAGGGCUUUCCCAGAGCAAGAUGUUUAUACAACCCCUGUGUAUUUCUCAUCUGACUGGCUGAAUGAAUACUGGGAUGCUAUAGCUGUGGAUGACUACAGGUUUGUCUACAUGGGACCCAAAGGUUCAUGGACUCCCUUUCAUGCUGAUGUCUUCCGUUCCUAUAGCUGGUCAGCCAAUGUUUGUGGGAGAAAGAGAUGGCUGCUGUAUCCUGCAGGACAGGAGGAAUACCUGAAGGAUUGCCAUGGCAACUUGCCCUUUGAUGUGACUGCACCAAGUCUUAGGGACAAGAGUGUUUACCCUCGUUACAACCAAAGCCAACCCCCUGUUGAAAUUGUGCAGGAAGCAGGGGAGAUUGUUUUCAUCCCCAGUGGAUGGCAUCAUCAGGUUUACAAUCUGGAGGAUACCAUUUCCAUCAACCACAACUGGGUGAAUGGCUGCAAUGUGGCUACAAUGUGGGGCUUCCUGCAGGAUGAAUUAGCAGCUGUCCAAAGGGAAAUCAAGGAGUGGAAGGACCCUAUAGAUGAUUGGCACCUGCAGUGCCAGUUGAUCAUGAAGUCUUGCACAGGUAUAGACUAUAAGGAGUUCUACAACUUCCUCAAAAUCAUUGCAGAGAACAGGAUUUCUGUCUUGGAAAAUGGCCUGGAUGAUGAAGCUUCAGCAAAGAACACUCCAAAAGCUGCCAUUUCCACCUUGGGCAUGCUCCAUGCAGUGUUUGAUUUAAAGAGGACUGUGAAGGUGUUAACAUCAUUAAGUGCUAAUGAAGAUUUCAAGAAACUAGACCUGACAUCACUUUCUCCACCUCCAGAGGCAUUACUCCACCACUUGAAAGCAGCAAUAGAUACAGCUCUCCUCUAACCUCCCUAUUUAGUCACUUCUUUGUAAAAUGAAACCUUUUGCAAAGUGGGUGUUUGGAGAAGACUGACUCCUCCCUGUUUAAUAGCUGUGACAGUUUGAGAGCCUUAAUAUAGAGGAGGGAGAGAGUACAUUCUUAAGAAGACUGAACACUUUUUAACUUUAAGCAUUGAAGUAUCUGGAGUAACCAGACAGAUUCUCUCAGAUAACAGGAAAACCCAAAUCAUUUUAAUAUUAUUUUGAGCCCUGCUGGUGGUGUGGAUGCAGGGAGGGCAAACAGAAAUUCUCAGUUAGCUCUAUCAGGGCUAAACCAAAUUGCUGCAGUGGCCUGCACAAUAUUCCUGCUGCUUCUUCAGAGCACUGCAGAGCAAACCUGCACUGCAGGCUUCAGCAGUUGAGCUUUGUCUGGUUCCACCUCUUUUUCCACCUCUGCUUUGAGAGCUGGCUUGCUUCCAGCUACAGCUCAGCUCUUUUUUUAAAUAUUAGAGGAUCCUAGUUGUGUUGGUUUUGUUGUUUUGGUUUUUUUUAUUUUAUUUUAUUUCCCCUGAAGGCUGAGCAGGCUCAGCAGCUGAAGCAUAAGCUGUGGAAGAGCUGAGUGUCCUAUUUUCCUGUACAGUGGCAUCUCUCUAAAGCAGAAAAUCUCCAGCUGACCCAUCCUUCAGGGCCUGCAGGAUUAAAUUUAACAUAUCAGGGAGCUGGGCUCUUGCUGGGGAAUCUGCCACUAAAGAUUUAAGCUCAAAAGGAGGAACCUGAAUGUGCUCUCCCAUCUCUACACACUAUUUUAAGGCACAGUAUUUUCUCCAAGCAGAGAUUUGAUUCAUCAGGGAAGGGAGCAAAUAGCCUCAUGUUCUCUCCUCUCAAAAAGCCAUGCUGUUAACACACCAAAUAGCACUGCUGCAUGGUUACAGAGCACAACUUGCAACCUGAAUGCUACCCACAGGCUAAAAGAGCAUUUCUAGUGAAGCAUCUCCCUUGCUUUAACUGGAAAAGGAAGCCUAGAAGCACAAAUGGCUGCACACUGUUAACUUAGUUGCCCCUUUAGGGCUUCACUUGAAUUAUAGCUCAAGAACUUGCUCAGUUUUCAGCCAGAUAAGAGCAACUAGGAACCCUGUGUUUAGAAAGUGCAAUAGUAGAACUCUCCAGUAGGCUGAAAAAAAAAAAUAUCUUACUGUUUUCUAGAUAAUCCUGUGGAGUUUGUAUGUGCAUGCAUUUUGCAUGUUCUAUUUUCUAGCAGAUUUCUGCAUUUUGAGUGGGAAGUGGUACCCAAAACUAAGAUCAAUACCCAGAGCAUGGAAGAAUGGAGAAAACAGGCUUUUAUUUCUUUAUUUUAAUAUUAUUUUUUUUUUUUGGUAACAGCUGUGACUACCUCUCAGUGAUUCAACCUUCUGGCAGAGAGUUUCUUUGGCCUGGAAAACUGCCAGUUUGAAGGAGCUCUGAAAUAAAAAGUUCACAGCUGUUACUCCUGGCUGUUUACAUUCAGCAGGAGAGGCAAACUGGAGCUUUCCUCCUUCCAUGAAUUAAAGGGAGGUUUCAGAGAGGUGAGGAACAAUGCUUUAAAGCUGACAAUCAAUCAAUGGACUUUGGAGGCAAACAUUUUCCUCUUGUAUUCCCCAGGCUCACUGCAUGCUGUGUAACUGCACCAACCCCUUGAAACACUGCAGUUUUAUAAAAGGUUUGUUUAGCUCAAGAGUGCUUUUUCAUUCCAUGGCCCUGGAAGCUGGAACUGCCUUGGCUGGGCUGUGUGAAAACAGCAAAACUAGAAAUCUGGGUUUUAACACUGAGAAACCCAGGAUCUCAACAGUUUGUCCAGCAGAAAACACCCUCAUUUGGAUGGAUCCCAUCAGUUUGCUGAGAGGAAAUAAAAUCCAGGCAUCAUUUCUGCAGGUAAUUCCCUGUGAAAAACAGGUAAGGAAAAAGAGAGGAGAUGGUAGGGUGGCUAAGGAGGUGUUCAGGUAAAGGAAGGUGGGACUUAUUAUUAUUAUUAAUUAUUAUUAUUGAUUAUUCUUCCUUCACCUGUGCUCUCUCUGCCCCACAACAUCCUCAGUUCUGGAAGAUUCAGGCCUCUUAAGGUUUGAGUGUGAUCACAAAAAGCAGUAGUUUAAUUGCAGGGAAGUGUCUUAAAGUUCAAGCCAUGUUCUCCUUAGUGAUGUGGCAGGGAGCAGAAGCACAAAACUCAGUUUUACUGAUUCUGUGUCUUGCAAUUGCAUUGGGAAAUUCAUUUGUAGUUCCAGUUCUUCUUUCCCACCAGUGCUCAAGAUGGUAAGGGAGCCAUAUAGAACUUUCUGUAGACUUUCUGUAGAAUUAGUCCCUCAGGGGUCGGUACUGGGCCCGGUGUUGUUCAAUAUCUUCAUCAACGACUUGGAUGAGGGUAUAGAAUGUACCCUCAGCAAGUUUGCUGAUGACACUAAGCUGGGAGGAGUGGCUGACACACCAGAAGGCUGUGCUACCAUUCAGAGAGACUUAGACAGGCUGGAGAGUUGGGCAGGGAGAAACAUGAUGAAAUUCAACAAGGGGAACUGUAGAGUCUUGCAUUUGGGGAAGAACAACAAGAUGUCCCAGUAUAGGUUGGGGGCUGACCUGCUGGAGAGCAGUGUAGGUGAAAGAGACCUGGGGGUCCUGGUAGACAAGAGGAUGACCAUGAGCCAGCAAUGUGCCCUUGUGGCCAAGAAGGCCAAUGGCACCCUGGGGUGCAUUAGAAAGGGUGUGGUUAGUAGGUCAAGAGAGGUUCUCCUCCCCCUCUAUUCUGCAUUGGUGAGGCCGCACCUGGAGUAUUGUGUCCAGUUCUGGGCCCCUCAGUUCAAGAAGGACAGGGAAGUGCUUGAAAGAGUCCAGCGCAGAGCUACUAAGAUGAUGAAGGGAGUGGAACAUCUCCCUUAUGAGGAAAGGCUGAGGGAGCUGGGUCUCUUUAGUUUGGAGAAAAGGAGACUGAGGGGUGACCUCAUCAAUGUUUUCAAAUAUGUAAGGGGUGAGUGUCAGGAGAUGGAGUUAGGCUCUUCUCAGUGGUGACCAGUCAUAGGACAAGGGGUAAUGGGUGUAAAUUGGAGCAUAGGAGGUUCAAGUUGAAUAUCUGGGAAAAUUUUUUUCCUGUAAGGGUGACAGAGCCCUGGAACAGGCUGCCCAGGGGGGUCGUGGAGUCUCCUUCACUGGAGACAUUCAAAACCCGCCUGGACACGUUCCUAUGCGAAGUGCUCUAGGUGGCCCUGCUCUGGCAGGGGGGGUUGGACUAGAUGAUCUUUCGAGGUCCCUUCCAACCCCAAGGAUUCUAUGAUUCUAUGAUUAAAUUCUCCAAUGACUGAAGACAGCAUUGAUAUUAGAAUAAGAAGUGUGCAGGCCUGGAAUCUCUUAAAAAUGGAACAGCUUUAUUUAAAUACAAAGUUACUGUGAAACAUACAUUAGGAUACUCUCAUACCAAUAUAUUAAUUGUUGUAAUCAAUGUACUAUUUAUUAAAGCAUAAUACUUGUGAUAAACAGGAGGAAACACAGGCUGUAGAGUUUUGUUUUCUUAAAGUCACAGACCUGGACAAUUUCAAAUCAAGCUGUAAAGUAAAAAAUAUUAAAUUCCCCCCCAAAAAAUAGGUUAAAAUACAGUUUAAAAGAGCUCUUGCUCUCAUAUGCAAUUCAGACAUCAGUGUUUUAUCUGAUCCAGGAACAGGACCCUAAGUAUCCCUUUGCCUUUUAUGAAGGCAGCAUAAAACCCAGCCCAGUUUUCAUCUGAUUUGUAACCCACUGGGGUCAGUGGGCAGUCUGUCAGCACAAAGCAGUGCACUUAGGAAAAAAAAAUCAGUGUUUUUACAGGUCUGUCAGUGCAGAAACUCAGGUGGUUUUGUGUUUUCUCUUAGCAGGGUUUGAGGUUUCUCAGCCCAGGACAAGGCAUGUCCUUCCUAUCAGGCACCCAUGAACCCCUGCAGAAUCACCAAGCAGCACUAACAUGGUUCAAGGUGCAAGUGUGAUUUCCCUGAGACUUCAACAGGAGUCUGCAAAGUAUAAAUAUCCACUUGUAAGGAUCAUAAAACAAAGGAUUUAGUUAAUAGCAGCUUUAAAAUGCAAUGGAGAGGUACUGAGUUUAGCAUAGGUAGGAAGAGGAGUGGAAAAAAUAAAACCAAAACCUUCCUCUUUAGGGACAGAGGAAAAGCCACCUCAUUCCUGGAACAGGUUGCUCAGGAACAUGGGGGUGGCCUCUCCUCUGCCACAUUUCUGCCAACCAGAAAUGGUCCCACCAAAACAGUUCUUGUGGUUUCAUUUGAUGGCUUUCUAUUAAAAAUAAAAUAAAAUAAAACCAAAAUUAAAAA